AUGCAGUCCCUGGCAGGAAAGCAUUGCUUCAUCUCGGGCGGCAGCCGGGGCAUAGGAUUAGCCAUUGCCAGACUCUUCGCCGCCCAAGGAGCAGGGUGCACUCUUAUCGGACGUGAUGAAGACACUCUCCUCAGUGCUGCGAAUUCUCUACACCGACAGGAAGGUUCUUCACAGCAGCAUUAUACAACCGCCUUCGACGUUUCAACUCAAAAUGGCUGGGAAAAACUGAUAUCCGAUUCCAAAUUACAAACCUGUGAUAUUCUCGUCAACGCUGCUGGCGUUUCCCAAAACUCUUUCUUAUUCAACACUAGCAGAUUAGACGUGACUGAGAUCAUUGCCACUAACCUCACUGGUACCAUAUGGGGUUGUAAACACUUCAUACCCAAGAUGAUGAAGCAGAGAAAGGGCAAGUUGAUUACACGUUGUAUUAUUAACGUGGCUAGUCUGCUAGCUACUCACGGGGGACGGGGGGCAAGCGUUUAUGCCGCGUCAAAAGCCGGCGUCGUUGGUCUAACGCGAUCUCUGGCCUGGGAAGUAGGCCGGUUUGGCAUUCGUGCCAAUGUCCUCCUGCCCGGAUAUAUCCAGACCGAUAUGACGAAAGGCUCGGCAGGCAUGGAUCGGAAAAAUGAGCUAUCUGCUCUCAUCCCUCUUGGACGACUCGGUUUGGUCGAAGAGGUGGCAACUGCUGCAUUAUUCCUAGCCCAAAAUUCCUACGCACACAACUGCGUGCUCAAUAUCGACGGAGGCUUAAGUGCAACAUAA